AUGGACAAGGACUUCCAACCAAUAACAGUUCAGUACGGAUUCAUAAACACCUGUCUGAAAUCUCUGGUAAUUGAGAAAUUUGGUGAAGAAACAUGGGAGAAACUGAGGACCCUGGCAGAGGUCCAGGACACAUUCAUGACUUAUGAGAUAUACGAUGAUGUCAUAACUCUGCGUCUGGUGCAGGAAGCAUGUACUAUGCUGGACAUGCCUUCUGAGGUGGUGCUGAAGCUUUUCGGGGAGUACUUCUUCAGCUUCUGUAAGAUGGCGGGGUACGACACCAUGCUGCGUACGCUAGGGGGGAACCUGGUGGAAUUCAUUGAGAACCUGGAUGCCCUUCACAGCUACCUGGCUCUCUCCUACCAGGAGAUGAACGCUCCCUCGUUCCGUGUGGAGAAGAACGAUGAUGGGAGGAUGUUGCUUCAUUACUACUCGGACAGGAAAGGCCUAUAUCACAUUGUGCCAGGCAUCAUUGAGGCGGUGGCCAAAGACUUCUUUGACAGCGAAGUGAGCAUGACCAUCCUUAACCAAUCAGAGGAGGACGAGCGCACAGGGAAGAAAGAGCAUGUGGUCUUCCUGGUCUCUCAGAGGAGCCGAGGGUCAAAGAGGGAUUUCCGGCCCCAAAGAGAGAAGAAGGAGGUAACCAAGGAGGAUGAGGAGAUUGAUAGGAGGGCAUUGGAGAGGAUGAGAGCCAGGUGUGCCAGUCUGCCCCACUGCCCUGCUGGGAAAAGAUCACGCUGGGACAUGGUUAGGAGCGUUGUCAUGUUUGGAAAAGAUAACCUUCUGAAGACAUUCACACCCUGCUACCCAGAUAAGCUGUGGAUGGAGGAACAGGCAUUCUGCAAUGCCUUCCCUUUCCACAUUGUCUUUGAUAAACAGCUCAAGGUGAAACAGACUGGGAUUAACAUCCAGAAGUUUGUCCCUGGGCUGCAGACGAUGGACAGCCGUCUGGAUGAGUACUUCAGCAUUGUCCAUCCGCAGGUGACCUUCAACAUCGAGAGCAUCAGGAAGUUCAUCAACAGCCAGUUUGUCCUGAAGACCAGACGGGAGAUGGUGCCGCUGGCCUCUCAGCAUCAGUCCAUGCUCAAACUCAGAGGUCAGAUGGUGUGGAUGGAAUCUCUGGGCUGUAUGGUGUACCUGUGCUCCCCGAAGCUGCGCAGCCUGCAGGAGUUGGAGGAGAGGGGUCUGCACAUCUCCGACAUUGCCCAGCACGACACCACCCGGGACCUCAUCCUGCUUAACCAACAGCGUCUGGCAGAGAUGGAGCUGUCCAAUCAGCUGGAGCGCAAAAAGGAGGAGCUGAGGAUCCUCUCACGCCACCUCGAGGUGGAGAAGAAGAAGACGGAGACUCUGCUCUACGCCAUGUUGCCUCGCCACGUAGCCAACCAGUUGAAGGAGGGCAAGAGGGUGGAAGCAGGUGAGUUCCAGGUGUGCACCAUCCUGUUCAGUGAUGUGGUCACCUUCACCAAUAUCUGUGCUGCCUGCGAGCCCAUCCAGAUCGUCAACAUGCUCAACUCCAUGUACUCCAAGUUCGACCGCCUUACCAGCGUCCAUGACGUGUACAAGGUGGAGACUAUUGGAGACGCCUACAUGGUGGUGGGUGGGGUUCCCAUUCCAGCUGACAGCCAUGCAGAGCGGGUGGCCAACUUUGCCCUGGGUAUGCGUAUCGCUGCCCGGGAGGUGACCAACCCUAUCACUGGGCAACCCAUCCAGAUUCGGGUGGGUCUGCACACAGGUCCAGUGCUGGCUGGUGUGGUAGGGGACAAGAUGCCUCGAUACUGCCUGUUUGGAGAUACGGUCAACACUGCCUCCCGCAUGGAGAGUCACGGAGUGCCUGACCACAUACACCUCAGCCCCUUCACAUACAGUGCGCUGGAAGAUAAGGGCUUUGACAUCCUGGAAAGAGGAGAGAUCCAGGUGAAGGGGAAAGGCCUGAUGACCACCUACUUCCUGCUGCAGAACCUGUGUGUGUCUGAGGACACCAUCAUGGCCAGAGGGACAGGAGAGCCCUGUGUGUACAGAGACAACCAGCAGGGGGUGGGAGAGAGCGAGAGAGGUUAG